AUGGAAGCCGGCGUUCGUCCGCCGACGAGUCCGAGUGGCAGAGCGAGCCUGCCGGGCAGUGGGCGGACCAGUCUGAGCAGGAGUCGCAGUCAGAGGACGAACGGCGAGGGCGAUGAUGCUUCCGAGUUCCCCUGGGGCCCUUCGCAUCCCUGCUUUCCGCACCCGAAUUCGCACGUCCCGCUCAACAGCGCGCUGUACGAGACAACGCGUAUUAUCCGCAUAAAGCGUGACUGGAUGGUUAAGGGUGAUCUGGCGCCGACGUUUGCGAACUUGUAUCCGGAGAUCUUGGAUCCGCUGGUGACUGAAGACGAAUUCCGGGACCUGGUCAAGAAGAUCAACGACUCGCUCGUUGCAGCAUUCGACCCCUUUACUUUGCGUGCCUGGCUCGACGCAGUUAUGGGCGUGGCGACGUUCUGGCUAUGGGACGACGUAGGCAUGUCUGGCGUGAAAAGGCAAUUGAACGAGCUCGAGAGCUGGAUAGAGCGGUGGAACAGAGAGGUUGGAGAGAAAGACGCGGUCAAGAUAAUCCCGUUACGGCGGACCGGAUACCUUACCCUCGACAUACAGAUCCCAGACCCGCAUCUCGGACCCGACAACGGCACAAUAUCAAGACCGGAUACACGAGAAGAUGAGUUCGGACACGACGUCCGACAGAAAAACGAAGACUAUGGGAACUAUACCGUUCCGACACCCACAUUACAGGUCAAUUCCAUGCCGCCGGCGAUCGAGAGCCAGUCGUAG